UUUUAAGACGCCCUGAGUCCAUAAUAUUCCCCCAUUGAAACCAACUUAAAGUCACUUUUUGAAAACGGAAUGGAGAUAAAAUGGCUGUACCUUGCUCUCUAGCAUCAUCUGAUUCUAGAUAUAUCACCCUAAUGAUUAUAGGACCUUCUGUCGAAGAGGUAUUUACGAGUAAACUCCAAAUAUCAAACCAAUAUCCAAACUGAAAACACAUUUACUGUGAUUUCUAGUUCUAGGGUAAAAUGGGCAUUGCAUUAAUAGAGAUCCUAUUAAAUUACUAUUCUAAUUCCUAAUGCUAUGGUUGCAUGUCUAGUGGUAAUUGUUGUUCACAACACUUGUAUCCCCUUUCUACUGUGGGGUUCGGGUGCUUAGCCCAAAGACAGACCAAUUUUGUGUUUCCUCUCGGAGUCGGACCCAAAACAAGUAAAAAGUUCCAGGGACGUGGACUUUCCCUGAUUUGGGGUCAGCAGACUUUUUGGAGCUGCAUCAAUAAAACAAUGAUUAAACAUAACAAUUUAUUAUUCUCCUUCCCAAAAUAAACUGUUUGAUUAUUCAGAAGUUAACGUUUCUGUUCUUCCCAAGUCCUUAGUGUCAGCCCCAUCUAUUGAAAAAGAAUUUCCCUAGUAUAACACCAUGGUUAAAGCCAUUGUCUCACUCCACACCGGUGUUGCAAUGGAAAUUGCAACAAUAUUAUUUGGGGUGGGUGCAUAUAUACUGUAUUAGCCCUAUUACACACACACACACACGUACAAGUGUGUAAUUUAUAUGCAUGUGUAAAUUGCAAAUGUUUUUUUUUGUUGCAUAUCCCACUCUCCCCGAGACACCCUCGGAGCAUGGGGUCACAGCCAAGACCACCAACAGCUCAACGCCACAGAAGAGGAGGUUCCCCCUGAGCAGCAGCACUGUGAGCAGGAAAGGAGCCCCAGUCUGGGGCAAGAUGACUCCGAGCCCACACAGAUUAAAGAGGAACAGGUGGUACUCAGGACCAGCCAAAAGCUGAAGUAUAAUACCAAAGACUCUGUAUUGACUCUGUAUCCCUGUGUGAAAAGUGAGUAUGAUGAGUAUCCAACUCAGUCCUCACAUCUUAACAAAACCCAAAGUAAAGCAUGCAAGAACAGAGACUCUUCAACUAAACAGAUAAAAACUGAACCUCAUGAGGACUCUUCAGAACCAACCAGUGACUCUCAGGCCCUCUCUUUAGUAAAUCCAGGCUCUUCUGCAUCUCAGAAUGAAAACCGUGGAAGUGUUGAUGCGAAGUGGAGUGGAGGACCUCUGGGGGCUUUAAAGAUGCGCAAAUCAAAGAGGACACGGACAGAAAAAGAACAAAUCCCUACUUGUUGUAAGGUGUGUGGAAGGUCUUGUCACUCCAUGCGUACGUUAUUGACUCAUUUGAAAAGUCACAGAAAAGAUGAGGAACAUAUUUGUGGUGUGUGUGGAAAAAGAUGUCCAUCCCUAGAAAGUGUGAUGGAUCACAUACAAACUCACAUGACGUCCCAUCUGAAACCACCUAGUGAAUGCCCUGCUGGUCCUUGUUGUAAGGUGUGUGGAAGGCCUUGUCACUCCUUUGGGGCUUUAUUGAGACAUUUGCGAAGACACAGAAAAGAUAAGGAACACAUUUGUGGUGUUUGUGGAAAAAGCUGUCAAUCCCUAAAAGGUAUGAUGGAUCACAUAUUACAAACUCACAGAACUAGGUUUUGUAAAGUUUGUGCUAAAAGUUUUGACUCUCCUAAGGAUCUGAAAAAUCAUAUGAGGACCCACACAGGGGAGAAACCAUUUCGCUGUAAUGAUUGUGGCAGAUGUUUCUCUUCAAUUGGAACUUUGAAUGUCCAUAUAAGGAUGGUCCACACAGGGGAGAAACCUCAUCAUUGCCAUGAAUGUGGAAAAUGUUACGCUCUGAGUGGAAAUCUAAAAAUGCAUAUGAGGCUUCACACUGGUGAGAAACCGUAUCACUGUAAUGACUGUGGCAAAACAUUUCGCCUUGGCACUUCUCUGAAAAUGCAUGUGAGGACUCACACAAGGGAGAAGCCUUACCGCUGCCAGGAUUGUGGCAAUUCAUUCUCUCGACGGGAUCACCUGAAAAACCAUAGCAGGAUUCACACAGGGGAAAAACCUCACCGCUGUCCUGAAUGUGCCAAAUGCUUCCCUCAGAGAAGUAGUCUGCAAAUGCAUAUGAGGAUUCACACAGGGGAGAAACCACACCAAUGUCAUUUUUGUAAGAAACGUUUCACCUAUAGCCAUCAUCUUAGAGAGCAUAUGAGAAUUCACACCAAUGACAAACCAUUUCCCUGCCAGGAGUGUGGCCAAUGUUUCAGUCAGAGUUCCAAUUUGAAUCGGCACAUAAAGAGACACAGAGGGGAGAAACCACAUCAUUGCCAUGUGUGUGGCAAAUCUUUUUCCACUGGCUUUCAGUUGAAUGUGCAUUUCAGAAUACACACAGGGGAGAAACCACAUGUGUGUUCUAAAUGUCCAAAAUGCUUCAGUGACAGAGGGGCAUUAAUUAGUCAUCAGAGACUGCACACGGAGGAGAAACCAUUCAAGUGUAAUUAUUGUGUUAAAUGCUUCAGACAUAGACAGAACAUGAAAGAACACAUGAAGAGAAGGCACAAAAACAUGACCGUGUCGGGGAAGGUGAUCAGACAGAAGAUUGAAAGGCCAUUCAUCUGUUCUUGAGUGAAUAAGACAUGACCGAAUGAACGCUUGAACUGUGAGAACAUUGCUGUCUAACUGGCCUGCUUCACCAGACACGCUACGCUUUCAGAGCGUGACACACUCUUAUUCGUGUAAAUGAAACCAGGUGUAAGCACGCCGGCUUCGUGAGAGGAGUCCCUGCUCAUUAGUUUAACAGACAUUUGAGCUGCAGAACUGUAUCUGUAAUUAACUUAGUUUGUUGUUGUUGAUGAUAGCUUUGUCUAGUAUAUAUUUUUAUUUUGGGCCAACGGAGGACAAAAGUUAACAUUGUAGUUUUUAGAGCUUUUUUGUUAGAUACAUAGUAGUUUUAUACACAGUGGUUUGAUUAUACACAUUACAUAUUGGAUAGAUAAUACUGAAAACACUAUGUAGAUGUCUGAGUACUAACUAUUACCGAUCAUGAGCUUUUUAAUCCCACCCCUCUGCUACUCUCAGCCCAUCCCACCUAUCUCCAUAGACCAUCCUCUUUUGAUUUCCACAAGCCAUAUAUUUUUGAACUGUGCUGGAAUGUCUUACAUUAAUUUUUAAACUUUCUGAUCGCAUAAUGUCCACAGAUUGUAAGUUAAUUAUGAAUAUUUUUUCUAUGAGUAUUAUUAUAUUGUUGAUUUAUGGUUUUCCAAAUUGCCCAACACUGCUAUUUGUAGGGUUAAUUUUAAAUGAAUGUUGUGAUUUUUCAGCCAUUCCUAAACCUGUGACCAGAAACAAGCUAUAUGGGGACAAUUCCAGAAUAAAUUAUAUAAUGAUUCUGUUUCUUCGUAGAAAAAUAUGCAGAGCUGAGAUUGUUGUUUUGCCUUGCAAAGGUAUACCCCUUGAAUUUCUUCAUAUUUUGUGUUUUUUACAGUGGGAUUAAAAUUUAUUUAAUUCUAAUUUUCUGUCAACGAUCUACUCAAAAGGUCU